UCAUCAGAAAGUCCUUUGAAAUGUGUAUCCAAUGAAAUAUUUUUGUGCCAUAUAACUCACUUUUUGUUGGUAAAAUUAAUAGUCAAAAUUAGACAUACAAAUAAGAAGUGGCCUUGUAUAAAGGAAUGGGGGAGUACUAAUUAUUUUGGUUAAUACUUAGUUUUGGUACUCCAAAUACGUCUUGUGUAUUCCUGGCAAAAACAGAAAUCUACGUAAAGAAACGGAGGCCCCCUUUUCUAGCUUGUACCACGUACCUCCCCCAUAUCCUCUUCGAACUUCGAUGCAUGUCACUUCUCUAAGCUCUCUUACCUAUUAAUGUUUCCUAAGUGGUCACCAAUCACACCGGUCCUCCAUGUUUAGCCUAAGCUCCCCUCCCCUAGCUCUCGAGAGGAAGCUAAAGCUCUCCACCACCUACACUAUUCUCCUAGUGUUCUUCCUCUUCACUCUCUACAUCACCUCAUGCGAAGCUCGUCGUCUCCGCGUCAAUGGCAAGCACUUAAGCAGCAGCAAGUCUUCCUCAUCAUCCCAGUUUGCGACAGAGGUUGCUGAUGCCCAGAAGCAAACGAGAAGCUCGUUGAUGGUUCAUGAUGCGGGGAAGAAGGCUCGAGCUGCCGGAAACAGCAUCGAUCAGCCGACGGGCGCGGGAGCAACAUUGAUCAAUCGAUCAGGUGGAAUACGAAACACCACGCAUGCCGCUAGGGUUUCGCAGCAGCUUCCUCAUCGCAAGCACGUGGACGAUCAGGGAAUUCACCUGGAUUAUGCUCAGCCUAGAACCCGCACUCCGUAUCACAACUGAACAUAUAUACAUCGAUCACGGAUGAGAGCCGUUCAUGAGAUGACAUUUAUGUCGUCGUGAUCAUUUAUCUAGUUAUAUAUAUCAUGUAUAUUUCUCCUUGAAUCUCACUAGCUAGCUACCAGCAGCUUCAAGUCGUGUCUGUGUUUCCGCUAUAUUUCUAGUUAUUUUCUGCAAUUUUGAUGACAGAGUUCGCCGAUAUAUAUUGAG